UAACACUUCUCUUUUACCACAUCAAAUAAGCUAAUGGCAACAAAUUUUCCACUAUGUGCAACUUGUAUUUUGGCAAUGUUUGCCUUUACCACCAUAACAGCCUCUUGCCCAUCUAAAGUAAAAAAGCUGACAGUGUACAUCCAAGAUGUUGCACCGGGGGCACCAAACGCGACGAGCAUUGUCGUCACUGGAGACCCCAGCACCUUCAGUUUCGGGACAAUUAUCGUCAGUGAUGAUCCCCUAACAAUAGGCGUCGAAAGAAAUUCAACUGAAAUUGGUCGCGCCCAAGGAAUCUACGUAGUCUCAUCAAAAGAUGGACUAAACUACUUUCUUUCGGCUUCAUUUGUUUUCAACAACAAUGUCUUCAACGGUAGUACCUUGGAAAUAGAAGGGGAUGACUCGCGGCUUUCGGAGGUUAGAGAAUAUGCAAUAACUGGUGGAACCCGUAAGUUCCGGGGCGCAACCGGAUACGUCACCUUUCAAACGGUAUCAUCUGAUCCAUCCACUAAGUAUAGCGUCCGAAGAUGUGAUCUCAAGUUUCGAUAUGGUAACAUUUAAAUGAAAAAACAAAAGUGGCAAGUUUGAGUUAAUGUUAAUUGGCGCUAGCUGCUGGUUGUGUCCUUUCUAAUCGUCCUAAAAAAGAGCCUGCUUAUAUUGCUCUUGCAGUCUAUGUAUAAAUUUAAAUAAAAGCCAGCUUAAUAAUUGCCAAUGUAAUGUGAAAAAUUAUCAAGUUAUUGAAGAAUUAACAUUCUGUAUCUGCUGGUUCUUAUUCUUCCUUUAUAGCUUCCUCUAAGUGUGCACGCAUGUUUGGAAUAUUCUCAGUAAAAAAUUCUGCUC